AUGACUUCGAUUGAUAUAUUGAACGAUUUGUUGAAUAUCACUCAAAAUUAUGAUUUAUUGAGUCAUGAACUUAUAAGGAAACAAGUGGCAUUUUCGUAUAAAAUUUAUUUAAUGCUUUGGUCAUCUGCCCUUGUCAUGUGUACUGCUGGAGUAUUUGUUCCUUUCAUCAAUCACAAGUUGCCGUAUAAAGUUUGGUUUCCAUUUGAAACUGAUAUAGAAAAGAAUGAACUUGGCUUCUGGGUUGCAUCAUUUCUUGUUGUUUUCAAUUCAUUUUUCGGCAGUGCAAUUGACAUGGCAUUAGACAUUCUACCUGUAACUUUUAUGGCGUUUGCAAUUGGACUUUUGAAUGAACUUUCAGAACGCAUAAAGAAAGUUAGAACAUAUGAUGAUCUUGUUCAAUGUGUCGUCAUUCAUCGAAAAAUCAAACUUUUCGUGAAUGAAAUUUAUGAAAACUUUGCUACAGCCAUUUUCAUUCAGGGAAUUAUGAGUUCACUCAUUUUGUGUACUGGAGUGUUCACCAUGUCGGUUACUAAAAGUACCGCCGAUUUCAUCCAAAUAACAACAUUUAUAAUUCCCAUGGUGCUUGAAAUAUUCCUUCCUUGCUACUUUGGAAACGAGUUGUCAAUUGCAUCAUCAGAACUCACAAGUUCUAUGUUUCAAUCAAAAUGGAUUGAAGGAGAUUCAAAAUUAAAAAAAACUUUGAUGAUUUUUAUGGAAUGCAACAGGAAAGAACUAAGACUGACUGCACUGGGAUGGUUCGAAAUAAAUAUUCCAACAUUUACUAACACUAGAUGUAAUCGUUCUGAGCAUAAAGCAAUUUGUGUUCAUAAUCUUACAGUAUGUGUUACUUAA